UGUUACAUUAUGUAAAAAUAUUAAAAAGAAUUAAAUAGCAAUGGACACACAUAAAUUACUAUUUAAAGAGGAUUCUUAGCUUUGAAACCCUAGACAGUUCUUGACCAUAACAAAUAAAAUAUAUCUAAAAUGAAAAUACUUGGUAGGAUUUGGAAAUAUCUCACAGACACAAAGGCUUUACAAUCAGCAAGUGGAGAUUAUGAAAUUUUGUUUUUCGAGUAUUUAUACCGAAUAACUUACCUGGCUGGCAUGUCUCUUGUGGACCGUAAGCUGACCUACCUUAUAUAUAGUAAAACUGUGAAGUUACUUUUAAUUUUACUUGUAAUUCUCGAGAUAUGGCACUUUUUUACUAUGUCAAGCAGCCUUGAUGAUAUCAUAGAAGGAGUUAAUGUCAUACUCAUACAGAUCGGAACAUAUGUCAAAUACAAAACUAUGAAUGAAAACAAGAAAGUUUUCAAAUACUUGGCAUCAGCAAUGAAUUCAACAAAUCUGGAUAUAGCAACGGACGAAAGAAAAGAUAUAUUCUAUUCAUGGGGAAAAAGAAACAAGCAAUCGCUUAAAUUACUUAUAUUUUUGGGAACAUGCACCCUCGUUUUCUGGUUCUUUUACCCUUUGUUUGAUGAUGCGGACUACAACCUUAUAAUAGUUAUUAGUCUGCCUUUCGACUACCGAACCCCGGCUCUGUAUCCGGUCACUUACAUGUCUACAUUCAUUGUAUUCAUGUACAUAGCUUAUUUCGUUAUGUUGCACGAUCUCGUUAUACAAGUCUAUUUGGUGCACCUCAUUUGUCAAUUCGCCAUCCUGAACGACUGCUUCGAAAAUAUACUGAUAGAUUGUAAGAAGGGGUUUUCAAAAGAACAACUAGACUCUAUAUACUUUAAUGAGGAAUUCAUUCAGAAAUAUAUUAAGAGGCUGGGAAGAUUAGUGGAUCAACAUACAUUCAUUAUAAAUAACACUUUAAGGCUGAGAGACAUUUUGAGCACUCCCAUGUUGCUCCAAGUGGCAGUUAGCACGACGCUUAUAUGUUCCAUCGGAUUCCAAAUCGCUACAACUGUCAGCGUCAAUGUCUCGAAAAUGCUAAUGAGCCUUUUGUAUUUGGGGUACAACAUGUUGAGUUUCUUUAUCAUGUGUAAACGGUGCGAGGAUCUAAAAAUUCAGAGUACUAAAGUCGGUGAGGCGGUAUAUUUUUCGUCAUGGGAAGAGGUUGUUGUAACAAUUCCGAGAGUUCGAACCACGGUGUUACUGAUCCUUUUAAGGGCCCACAAGCCGAUAGGUCUAACAGGCGGAGGGAUGUAUGAACUGUCUCUAGAGGCAUACGGAAAUAUGAUUAAGACGUCGUAUAGUGCACUCACUGUUUUGCUACGUCUGCGUUGAAAUUUCAAUAAUACAUAUAAAUAAAAUUAAGCUUUCGUGCGUACUAGCAAAUUAACGGCUUUUAAAACUAG